AUGUCUAUUCCCGAGCCGUCUUCCUCCAGCUCCCGCAAUGCUGCCUCUCUUAGCCAGAACAAUGUCAGCCAAGUCCCACGGGCCAACCAAAAUAGCGUAAACCGCUUUGCCCGGGCACCAGCGGCAGAAGGCCCCUACUACGCCGGGGCACGAAUUCAGGACCGGUCCACGCACUUGAACGGCCUCUCCAACCAAGUCAACGCGAUGGAUGAUAUCCUAAAGAAAUAA